ACGAUCUCUUGGACUAAGAACAUCACACACAGUCUCUUGACCUCAGGAAAUCAAACGAUCUCUUGACUAAGGACAUUGUACACGACCUCUUGGGCUGAGAGUAUUAUCUACGUUCUCUUGUACGAAGACCAUCAUAGACGAUCUCUUGUACUAAGAACAUUGUAGACGAUCUCUUGACUUGAGACCAUCACACGGUCUCUUGUACCAAGAACGUCGUACUCACGAUCUCUUGGACUGAGAAAAUCACACGAUUAUUUGGAAUAAAAAAGCCAUACCCAAUCUCUCGAACUCAAGAGCACACACUACCUUAACUCCCAUCAAUCGUCAAGUAUGGGAUACAAGAAAAAGUCUCCAGUCUUCUCUCCCGGAAGUGGCUCCAGCCCUCCCGGCAGUAAUGGCCAUCCAACCCCUCCAUCAGACUCCGAAGCCGUCGUCAUCAUCAACGACAAAGCAUACACCUACAGGCAACGCCUCAGAAUGGAUGCGGUCGCCCAAGCCAACGCUCUAAGAGCGUUGAAGGCCUCAGACGAAUGGAUCUUCGAAAUGAGUGGAGACGAGAGAAACACACUGAGAGACGCAGAAAUCCGCAGAGUCAACACCCAAAGAAUCAACGACAACACUCAUGCCUCCAUCUUGUUUGAAGAACAUUACGAGGAGCCUCCUACACGUAGCCCUGAAGAGUACGCGGACGACUGGCUUGCUAUCAAGAAGGCAACUGACCAGCGCAAAUCUGGCUUGAAGGGAAAGCCAGUUGUCAUGCCCAAGAUGGUGCCCAAGAAGAAGUUCCCAUCAGAGGAAAAGGUUUCUGCAGAGGAUCUUGCAGAUGAUGUUGUGUAAAUCGGUUGAAGAGCUUCCUCGACCAAAAGUGCUUGAGUACCCAUCUUUGGAUGGACACGCGGAGAUCUUCAUGGUCCACACCAUCAGACAAAGGAGAAUGUUGCGUAGGAAUUGUGGAAAAGUAUGACAAGACAGAGUCGCAGAAUGAAAGAGGGCGCUGGUCAUGGACAAGGCAGACUUGUGGAGCAAAAGAAGGCGCUGGUCGCAUGAAGCAUAAGAAUCAUCAACAGUAUAAAUACAAAACCGACGUGCCCAUACCCCUGAUUUCCAUACAUUAAGAGAAUUAUAGGUCACUCAACGACACAAAAAGCAUACUUUGUUUUCUCAAAUCGCAUCUACUCACUCAGGAAGUGACUUGGAUGACAAACAACGUCUAUUGA